AUGUGGCCAACGCUAACGCUCUUUUGCCAUCCGCAGCUUGCCUCCAUCCCGAACAAUGUUAAAAAAUAUUCGUCUCAGGUUGCAGACUCAGUAAAUGAACAUGUGGAUCACCUCGCAGUAACUGUCCGAGAUGUGUUGGCUCGCCAGUCAUGGCUGCCAUCCGUAGUUAAGCCGCUGGGAAAACCUGUGGCGAAAUCACCGUCCUCAUUCCCUCCUCGAUCCACCCUCGAUCUGAUACAGGACUGGAUAUCAAGAAACCGUGCUUGGACAGCAGCUAUUGUCGCAUUUGUUGGAACUGGAGCUUUCCUGGUCUAUGGAAACAAAAGGCUCAGCGGCAAGAAAAGGAAAGCGCGAAGAGCUGGCAAUGGUGCGCGUAAGGAGAUCGUGGGCAGCCAGUACUAA